CAGCUCCAGACCGGGCCGACCACCGAAGCGUGCGUCAGGAGUGGGCCUGUCACUCGCAGCCACACAGUUCCCUGGACAUCCCUUCAAGAAACAUCGGCUGGAAAACGGCGAAUACUCGCCUUAUGAGAACGGACAUAUGAGUGAAAUGGCUCGCAUGGAGAAGUCUCCUCUCCUGGCGAAUGGUUACAACGCACCACCGACACACCUGGGUCCCAUGGGCUUCAUGCACCAGCACGCCCUCAUGUCCCCCGGCAUGCCCCACCAUGGAGUACCACGGCCGGACGGUUCCAUCAUCAAAGGACAACCCAUGCACAAUAUGGAAGCACUGGCAAGAUCUGGUAUUUGGGAGAAUUGUAGAGCGGCAUAUGAGGACAUCGUUAAACAUCUCGAAAGAUUGCGUGACGAACGAGGCGACAUGGAACGAGUUAUGGCGAUGGAUAAGGCUCGAGAGGGUUCACAUAACGGUUCUUCUCCAGGCCACAGUCCAGUGCUGAACCUUUCGAAAUCCGGGUCUGGAGGUGACCGGGAUCGGUCGGAGAGGAGCGACAGAGACCGCAAUGACCGGGGUGAAGGCUCCGCGAGUGGGCGAAGCUCUGCCGCGUCCCGGCGAAGCCCCCAGCCUCCACGGCUGCCCUCCGCUGCAACCGCAGCCGCUAGUCCAAGGUCACACUCCGAUGAAAGCGAUGCACAGCUUUCAGACCAGGAGGAUCAUAAUGUCAAAGACGAGGACGACGCAUCAUUUUGUUUAGGUGGAGAUCUGAGUGACGGGGAGCGUGAGCUGCCUGUAUCAGCGUCGCCGGCGCCUGUGAGCUACGCAGCACAGGCCGGCACACCACCCAAUGCCCGUGGACCCUACAGCCGACACCCUCGUCUCCUCCACUGAGACAUUGCUGAGAAACAUACAGGGGCUGCUCAAAGUCGCUGCUGAUAACGCCCGGCAACAGGAGAGGCAAAUCAGUUAUGAAAAAGCUGAACUUAAAAUGGACGUGUUGAGGGAACGAGAAGUAAAAGACAACCUGGAAAGGCAACUUCUCGACGAGCAGAAAAUGCGGGUGAUGUACCAAAAACGGCUAAAGAAGGAGAGGAAACAGCGGCAAAUGAUACAGGAGCAGCUUGAACUGGAACUCAAAAGACGACAGAAAGUAGAAGAAGCUCUCAAGCAAUCUGGAGCACCCUCUGAAAUUCUCAGAAUCGUAACUGAGAACCUAACCCCGUCAUCGCAAGAGACGCCGCGUUCUGAGAGGGAGAACGGCUCGGAGCGGGAGAGCAAGCCUCCAAGCGCUGAGCCUCCGUCAGCCUCACCACCCUUCCAGAGGGAACCUCCCCGUACACCGGACAAGCCGCAAUGGAACUACCCACCACCUCCUGUUGACAUCAUGAGCGGCGGAGCUGCCUUCUGGCAGAAUUACUCUGAAACUCUGGCGCAAGAGUUAGAGAUGGAGCGCAAAUCCCGCCAGCAAGCGAUGGAGCGUGACGUGAAGAGCCCGCUCUCGGACCGUGCCGCCUACUACAAGAACUCAGUGCUAUUUAGUUCAGCCACUUAGCUAUCAAACUCCGGGGCUAACGACUACCCCGACAAUCAAGAAUACGACAAAGAAAUCGACGAAUCGAGAAAACCAAUGAUCAGCGUCAAACCCGAGUUUCGGGAGAAAUAAAUCCAAAUAUUCGUGAUUGGUGAAUGAACUAUCAGUGGUAUCGCGUUCCGAUCGAUAGCACUAUUGUCAAUACGAACUCAAAGAUAAAUACUUCCAAAUAUCUUAGUAACCCAUCAAACUGUUCAUCUGAUUGUUUAUUCGACUAAAGUUUUUGGCAUAAACGAUCUCAAUGAAGUUGUAACUACUUCUUGUUAUUGAGAUUAAUCUGUAAAUAUUGUUAUUGAAUUCGAAGUAAGUUGUAGAUUUCGUGGUGUUAAUACGAAGUCUCAUGAACUCUUCUUCCAUAGAAAAAUUUGUAAAUAUCCCUUUAUAAUUAUUAUUAGAGUAAGUCAGUACGGUUUUAUCGACGAUCCGAAUAAUUUAUUCGUCAAUAUUUUAAUCUUUUAUGAAGAGUACCUUUAACUUAUCGUUAAAUGCCAUAUUUAUAUAUUAAGUAUCCAUUGUUAUUUGCCUUUGUAAAUCUGGUAUUAUGUUCGUUUGUAUCUGUACCUACAUACAUAUCAUAAGCUUUGACAUCACAUUCAAAUGUUCAGUGGUCUGUUGAGACAAUUGUUGGAAUUGAUCUAAGACUGUUUUUCAAGAGUUUUCUAAAAUGUUUGUCACUAGUCUUGCAAUUUCUGUAAACGAUGGGUGUUUUAGUUCCUAUGGUGUUUAUUUUAAAGGCCAUUAUGAUAAAGUAACCACAGCGAAGCAUUGAAUAGUAGGUACACGUUUGUUUCUCCCACGAUUUUUUUACUUUCAAUAGUAAAUAAUUGUGAUCUUCACUCUCAUGUAAUUUAUUCAAUUUUAGUGCAAUGAUUAGAUUUAACUGAUACUAGUGUAUUUCAUAAAUCAUAAAAGUGUACGAUAGAUACGUUAAGUUAGUGGUUUUGAAUGGAUACGUUUUUACAAUUCAAUAUUAUUGACUGAGAACAGAAGAGACAGUGUUUACGUACAAUAUAACCUAAGUGUUUUCUUUAAACUUCAUAAACUAGAAGAUGUAUAAAUAAUUAUAAUCGCUAUAUCUCAUAUCCAUUACGCAGAGUCGAUGUAUAUGGGUAGUUAACGUAACAAUAAGUUCAGUAGUUUAACAUAAAGUAUAAAAUGAUAGUGUUAUUUAUAUUGAUGCUUAGUUUAUGACACUUUGGAUGUCUUAAUAGCUUAAAGUAAGUCUUAGAGAUUGUAUCGGGCGUACAUUGGCGCUUGGCUAUUGGGCAACUUGUGAUUGAGACACUAAUAAAUGUUAUUGUGGAACAAAUUGCGCUGUUAAAGUACUCCUUUCGCCUUUUGAGAAUGUCGGGAAAGACGAUAUUGGUGAAUAGUCAAGUGCCGAAGCAAACAAUCGCUUAAUACAAGUAAUUACAUAUUAUCUGUAAAAGAUAAUACGACGUAAUGAAUAAAUUAGUUGUUACUAUAAAUGUUUAGCUGAACAUGUGUGAUUGUGUAAAGGGCGUGAAUGUGGUACUUAUGUAUCAGUUAUUUUGAUUUCAUUACAAUAGAAUGUCAGUACUGGUGGGACCCAAACCUAGAUACGGGUGUUGGCAAUGCCAGUACUGUCAUUAGAAAUAGUUAUGUUCUUCGUCAGUUAGAUGUUGAGGCUUCUCAAUGUACCUAUUUUAUAUUUCGGUAAUAGUAUGCAGUUCUGAAAGCAAGUGUAACUAUUUAUUAUUUCUAUUAUAAUAUUAUUACGAUUAAUUUACUUAAAAUUGUGUGUGUGCCUUGUAUCGUAGAUGAAAAUAUCAAGAUUAAAAGGGAAAAUUAUC